CACCCCUUCCGCAUCGCUCCUACAUAUAUCAUCGUCGCUGCAUCGUCGCCUGCUUCUCCCGCCUCCUGCUGCGACCUCUCCCACAACACUCUUUCUCCCACUCCAGCGCCGACACCUCGUCCAAAUCCACCUCUCUCCACCCACCGCCUCUUCUGCGACGCCGCGUAUCGCCCCCCCCCGCCAACAAGAUGAAUCCCGAAUACGACUACCUUUUCAAGCUCCUCCUCAUCGGAGACUCCGGUGUCGGAAAGUCUUGUCUGCUGCUCCGUUUUGCCGACGAUACCUAUACCGAGUCCUACAUCUCCACCAUCGGCGUCGACUUCAAAAUCCGGACUAUUGACCUGGAUGGCAAGACCGUCAAGCUGCAGAUCUGGGAUACCGCUGGCCAGGAGCGUUUCCGCACCAUCACGUCGUCGUACUACCGGGGUGCCCACGGCAUUUGCGUCGUCUACGAUGUCACCGACAUGGACAGUUUCAACAACGUGAAGCAGUGGCUGCAGGAGAUUGACCGUUACGCCACCGAGGGUGUGAACAAGCUGCUGGUUGGCAACAAGAGCGAUAUGUCGGACAAGAAGGUCGUCGAGUACACAGUAGCGAAGGAGUUCGCCGACAGCCUCGGCAUCCCGUUCCUCGAGACUUCUGCCAAGAACGCCAGCAACGUCGAGCAGGCUUUCCUUACCAUGGCUCGCCAGAUCAAGGAGCGCAUGGGCAGCCAGGCCACGACCAACACCAAGCCCGGUGUCCAGGUGGGCCCCGGCCACGCUGUCGGCAACAACAACAGCGGUGGCUGCUGCUAAACGACUUCUCACGAUACCCCUUCAUGACGACAGGACUUCUCACGUGCCAUUUUUGAUAUUACCGGAAUCAGGCGGUCAGGACGGAUGGGCAAAGGGCAGGGCGAGCAGCCAGGGUGGUCGCUCCAUGUCCGGCCGCGUGUUUGUGCAUGAUUUAGAGGGUCGUACUGCAUAGUCGUUUCACUGUCUUCUCGCACGGGUUGUGCAAUCUAUGGAAGGACAAGCCUCAUGAAUCGCCCGCCAACCGAGGCGUUGCUCUCAGGCGGGAGGCCCUGCUCAG